AUGCAGAACAUUAGCCAUCAAUCUAAAUUUCACUAUGAUGAAUAUUUCUUCCCCUUCCACCAACUGACUACUUUGGCAAUUUAUACAGAACACCCUGUUACCUAUAUUACCAUCCAGGAGUUUUUCACGAUUCUAACCAAGGGCCAAAAUCUCCAGGAUCUUCGCGUCCGUUGCAUUGGCGUGCAGCUACAAUUCCCGGACCCACAUAGCGGUGAGACGAAAAACCUCACUGACAUUUCACAUCAUCGCCUUCAGACGCUGUAUAUUGCAGUAGUCAACGACGGUUAUCUCAUCGACCCUUUACUACAGCAGGCAAAUUUUCCUUCAUUAAAGAACUUUGGUAUCGGGUCUUCCACUGGCAGUAGGGCCUGGUCUCAUGCUGCCAUAUCGUAUUUUCUUGAUCGUACAUCUCAAGGGAUACAGGAAAUCAGAAUAGUAACCCCUGGAAUAGAAUGGCCUGAGGUUUCACAGUAUUUCUUGUAUACCCCCAAUGCCACGCAAGUCUUCGUAGCAGCCCACGGGCUUACAAAUGAUGAGUUUUGGCAGGCUACCGAUUAUUUGCCCCGUCUGGAGCAUCUUGAACUUGAAGGCGAUUUUUACAUAUCACCAAGGGCAUUUACAGAGUUUAUUACGCAGCGCUGCGAGCGCUACCCUCGGCACGAUGACACUGAGGUGGCGUUGCUUCGCUCGCUCAGUAUGCGUUGUUGGGGAGAGACAUCUAUGUUCGUCGAUGCGGAUAUUCUUGUGAUGCUGCAGCAGUAUCGGGAAAAGGGGACCGAUAUCAAUAUUGUAAUCGAGACGGACUAUAGAUAUAUUUCUUCCGCCACGUUAUUGAGUUAUAUGGAAUAA